ACAGACGCAGAGGAAGCAGUCGGAUCAACAUAUGUCUUCGAAUAUUGAAUGACUUUGUCAAAUAAUACUCAGACACUGUAUCGGGCAGACAAUACAAUAAUUUAUUUAGUUUACUGAUUUAUAAAUCACUUUUUUACGAGAAAAAAUUUAAGUGAACGAUUAAUUCAAAGCAUUUACAAAUUUCAAAUUUAAAACUUUAAAAAAAUUACCGGCAAGUUAAUUUUGAAUUUUGACAUUUGAAUAAAAAAAAAAGUUUUUUAUAUAUAUUUAUAUAAAUAUAUAAAUAUAAAAGUAUAUAUUUUUCGUUGUUGAUAUUAAAUAUAUAAAAAUGGGCCUAAAUCCAUUGACGUGGAAAUUUCGUACGCUCAUUUAUAUUUUGGCAAUAGUUUUUUUCUACAUAUUUUUUAUUUUUAAAAAAGUUCAUCACGUAGUUGUUGAGGUUACUAUUGAAAAUACCAACCCGGUAGAUGUGUGGGAGUAUGUGGCAGAUUUCAGUAAUGUGAAGAAGUUAAAUCCUACUAUAGAAAACUUUAAUAUUAUUGAUGAAACUGGAAAUCUUGAUCAUUGGAAGUAUUCUGUUCAUUACAAAGAACAUUUAAGUCAGUUUCCAUCAAUUCGUAACACAGCUCAAGGACAUUAUUCCAUAAAACCUGAUGGUAAUGGUUUUCUAAUUAAUUCUGAACACCGGACAUGUUUUUUUACGAAUUAUGACUGUGUUAAUUCAAAAUCUUCAUUCAAAUUUGUACCUGAUGGAAGGAACACAAAAUGUAUUGAAUAUGUGGACUACGAAUGUCCAAUUGUUUUUUCGAAAUUUUGUUACAACGAAGUUAUGUUCCAACGGAAUGAAAUAAUGAACGGACUGCAACGUCACUUUCAUGUGAGGAACCGUCAAAAUAAUGAAAAUAGAAAACAAUAAGUUGUAAAAAUAUCCUACUUGGAUGCAUAUUUUUGUAUUUCAAAAAAUUAAUAAUUUUCAUUAUCAACAAUAUUUUAGUCAUUUUAUUUAUUUUUAAUCGUUUUCUCUACUCUAUUAUCAAUUCGUAUUCGUAAUUUUUACUAUGAAUACUCUGAUAAGUGUAUUUUAAUUUUUAAUUAAAAAUUUUCUUAUCUA